AUGCCGAAGGAAAAGACCACCACCCGCGGUACCCGCAAGACCAAGGACGGCAAGAAGAAGAAGGACCCCAACAUGCCCAAGCGUGGUCUCUCUGCCUACAUGUUCUUCGCCAACGACCAGCGUGACAAGGUCCGCGAGGACAACCCCGGCAUCAAGUUCGGCGAGGUUGGCAAAGUCCUCGGUGAGAAGUGGAAGGCUCUCGGCGAGAAGCAGAAGGCUCCCUAUGAAGCCAAGGCUGCCGCCGACAAGAAGCGGUACGAGGAGGAGAAGGCCGCCUACACUGCUGUGAGUCUCGUCGGCGCCGCCUAA